UCUGUGGCGUCUCCUCAGCAGCUCCCCGGUGCUCAUGGAGGUCAGGCCUGUCUCCGGUGCUGUGGGGAUCUGUUGACUUCGGUCAGUCUACCGCAAGGUCUCACUGUCCCUGUGUCUCCCUGUAGGUAUGGGGCUGACGUCGACGUCAAUCAUCACCUGACUCCUGACAUCCGGCCCCCUUUCUCCCGGCGCCUCACCUCCUUGGUGGUCUGCCCCUUGUAUAUCAGCGCAGCCUACCACAACCUCCAGUGCUUCAGGCUGCUUCUCCAGGCGGGGGCGAACCCCGACUUCAACUGCAAUGGUCCUGUCAACACGCAGGGCUUCUACAGGGGCUCCCCCGGGUGUGUCAUGGAUGCCGUCCUGCGUCAUGGCUGUGAAGCGGCCUUCGUGAGCCUGCUCGUAGAGUUCGGAGCCAACCUGAACCUGGUGAAGUGGGAAUCCUUGGGCCCAGAGUCAAGAGGCAGAAGGAAGGUGGACCCUGAGGCGUUGCAGGUCUUUAAAGAGGCCAGAAGUGUCCCCAGGACCUUGCUGAGUCUGUGCCGUGUGGCCGUGAGAAGAGCUCUUGGCAAAUACCGACUCCAUCUGAUUCCCUCGCUGCCUCUGCCAGACCCCAUAAAAAAGUUUCUGCUUUAUGAGUAGAAUGCAAGUGCAGCAGUUGAUUGCAGUGAGGAGGAAGGUGAUCUGCAGUGAAAGUCGACACCGAUUCUUGCCCCGGUGAGCCACAUCCUGUCUGUGCUGCUGACGGAAUCCCAUUUGGCUUUGGUAAAGCAGAAAUGGCCUUGUUCUCAUGGAUUGUAAUUCCAUCUCAGGUGCUCGGGGCAUUGGACAGUCCUGGGGUCAUUGUCAGCUGAAAAGUUCGUACAAAACUUUAUUUUGUUCUUCCUCAGUAUCUCUGUUUUGGAUUCUCUCGGUAGCAAAUUCACGAAGUGGGCCUUGCGGUGUGUGUAAGUACGGGCUGAGGUUGGAGGUCUGCUAAUAGCUGCAGUGGGGAAGACCCCUAGCACUUUCCAGAACUGUGCUUCUGUUUAUAUUUUUACUUCUCGAUUUCAUUGUAAAGCCUUCUAAUACCUAAAUGAAAAGAGAGUUUUGGUU